AGGAGACCAGCUGGUUGUGUCGGCGUAUAAAGAAGCAGACCCAUAAGCUCCCUCCUUGGAGUCUCCAUUGUUCAACAGAAGGCAUUUAUAGUUAGCUGUUCAGUUAAUUAAUCAUUAUAGGAGAAGAAGAAGGAGAAGGAGAAGGAGAAGAAGGAGAAGGAGAAGGAGAAAAGCUCCUUUCCGUUUUGGUACACAGGAGUGAAGAGUUGAAGAGUAGAGUUGGAGUAACUGAAAAAGAAAGCAAGAGUGGAGAGGAAUGGUUCUUUUCUAUCUUUAUUUUUUUGAAAAGGAAAUGAAUCGCGGAGGAUAUUAGGAAUCUAAUCGUGGAAUAAUUACUUUCAAAUCAAAUCUUUCAACUCCAAAGCGUUUUUCUUCCCACUAGAGGUUGACAGACGGGAACAGAGUGUCUGUAUAUGAAACAGAGAAAGUGUCAAAUGAUUUGAUCUGCUCGCAGGCGUUCGUUGUGAGAUCUGAAAAUUCGAGAAUGGUGUGAGAAGAACUUAUUAGUUGAUUUAUUUGAGCAAAUGCGGACGUGAACAUUGUGGAGAGACACGAUUUAGAUCGGUUGAUUGUUAGUGGAUCGGUGUACGGUACGAGAAAUGGAGUCUCGAAUGGAUCAGUACGAGAUCAUGGAGCAGAUCGGUCGCGGAGCCUUUGGUGCGGCCAUUCUCGUGCACCACAAGGCAGAGAAGAAGAAGUAUGUUUUGAAGAAAAUCAGGCUAGCUAGGCAAACUGAACGUUGCAGGAGAUCUGCUCAUCAAGAGAUGGCUCUUAUUGCGCGAGUUCAACACCCGUACAUUGUCGAAUUUAAAGAAGCUUGGGUUGAGAAAGGUUGCUAUGUUUGUAUUGUCACGGGUUACUGUGAAGGUGGAGACAUUCUAAUAAAAGAAAAAGAAUUUAGUCGUUCAUAUUAUUUACAGGUGGUUGGAACUCCAAACUAUAUGUGCCCUGAACUGCUUGCAGAUAUUCCUUAUGGCUUCAAAUCUGAUAUUUGGUCCCUGGGAUGCUGCAUGUAUGAGAUGGCUGCUCAUCGUCCAGCUUUUAAAGCUUUUGAUAUGGCUGGGUUAAUAAGCAAGAUAAAUCGUUCGUCUAUUGGCCCUUUGCCUUCUUGCUAUUCUCCAUCACUGAAAACACUUAUCAAGGGCAUGCUAAGAAAGAAUCCUGAGCAUCGACCAAGUGCAUCGGAGAUUUUGAAGCAUCCCUAUUUGCAGCCUUACAUUGAUCAGUACCGUCCCUUGUUUAGUUCUCCAACAACAUGCUCGCCAGAGAAGCCUAUUUCAUCUGGUCGUGAUGCUAGCAAGCAUAUGGCUGAAAGCCAGAACAGUAAUAGUUCAAGUAGUGAUAAGGACAGUUUGCUUUCAAGUGAUAGAACUGCUGCUGUUCCAAGUAGCGAUAACAAAGCAACUGAUACUGAUUCAGUUUCUAUUGACGAUGAAGAUAGCUGUAGGCAGCCUCUGCCGUGUGAAGAUGAAAAUGGCCCCAACAAUUGUGGUGUAAAAAUGGUUGAGCAUGGGGUUAUAAGACCCUCUAAUGAACUCCUACCAAAUGUUCAACCAAAGCAACCAAAAACAAUUAGAAAUAUUAUGAUGGCUCUAAAAGAGGGGAAAGCUAGAGAAAAUGGUUCUCCAAUGAGAGGGAAUCGAGUAAAGAAUGGGGCUGUAUCGAUACACAGAACUCACACAGAACCAUCAUCCAAAGUUUUGAAAGGCAGCGCAACUGCUCCAGGAUUGAAGUCCAAUACAGAUGCACCCACUACACCAGCAAAGUUAGCCUCUGAUCCAGUAAAACAGAUUCAAGGAUCACAUUCUUUGAAGCAUCAGUUACCUGCAAUUGACUCCUUUCCAAAGACAAAACCGAGGUAUGAUGGAAUUCCACCUUCUGGUCCUGUAAAGCGUGCCUUGGAGGAUGCAAGUCCUGGUAAGCCAAGGCAAACAACCCCGCCUAAUUUGAUUAAACGGCCUUCCUUCCCUGUUCGUAUGAGACAAGUGGGGACUGAUCAUCCCAAUGCUGUAGGCAAUGGCACAAAGUUAGAUCCUUCUGAGGUAAUUCAGGCACCAGAAACUGUUUCUCGUCAAGUGUCCAAUGGUCACCUUGGACGAGUUUCUGGAGAGAUCAUUCAGGAGCCUUGUCGAACUCCCAUUGCGUCCUCCAAAGUAAUGCAAACAGAUAGCAGCAACUCUGUAUCUUCUUCAAUGUCAGUGCUGGCUCUUGAGCUGUGUGAUGAUGCAACAACUCCUUUUAUUGAUGUGACAGAAGAGACACUCCCAGAUCAUGAGAUAGUCACCCGUACUGAAUGUUUAGAAUCACAUCAGCCCACCAACUUACGUUCAUCAAAUAUAUGUUCUGAGAUGCAUGAAAAUCUGUCUACAGGGAACCUUCCACAUGAUCCCAAGUCUGUCGCAUGUUUGAUUGAAACCAGCAAGGCUAACUUAGAUGUUCAGGAUAUAACUUCUGUUAUGUAUUCCAAGAUGCCCGAUAAUCUUUCUACAGGAAACCUUCCACAUGAUCCUGAGUAUGUUGCAUGUUUGGUUGAAACCUCCAAGGCUACCUUAGAUGUUCAGAAUUUAACUUCUGUUACUUGUUUCAAGAUGCCCGAUAAUCUUUCUACAGGGAACCUUCUACAUGAUUCCAAGUCUGUUACAUUUUCGACUGAACCCUCCAAGGUUACCUUAGAUGUUCAGAAUAUAACUUCUCUUGAUGGCAGAAUGAGCUCAAGUUCAACCCAGGAUCUUCUAGUUCCAACUUUGGAAGAAAUUUUUGUUUGUAAAGAUAAUACCCUCAUUAGCAGGUCAAGUAGCAGGGAUGAUUCUUCUUUAAGCAGACAUAGCAGUAGCCCUGAUGACUCUUUGCAAUCAAAUCUUCUUUCCUCUUUUAUCAGACCUAGUAGUAAGCCCAGUGACUCUUUGCAAUCAAAUCUGCAAUCCCCACCUAGUGGUGAUGAUAAAUUCACUGUUAAGGAACUUCUGUCAUCAGUUGCAGACAAUACGACUAUUGCUUCGCCUUUUUCUGCUUGCCAAAAGUCCUUGCAGCAAGAUAAAGGAAGCAUUUUGCAAACCCAAAUAGUUGAAAAGCCAACUUCUUCCCAUCUUCCUCCAGCAUUUGAUGAUGUCAUACAUGUUAUUCGGCAUAGUAGUUUCCGUGUUGGGAGUGACCAGCCAGUUAUGGAAACAGUAGAGAUGGGGGUUCAAAAUGUGGAUGUUGGAAAGCUUAUCAAUGUAGUGAGGGAUGAGUUGGAUGUGAGAAGCACAACAGCUCCCGGUACCCUUAAAUCACCAAGUUGCUCUGAUGCUGUUAGUUUGAAAUCAAAUAUUUCUGAUUAUCCUAAUGUUAAGGAGAUGGAUAUCAGAAACCCUUCUUUGGGAAACCCCACUUCAGUUCCAAAAUCUGAACCUACUGAGGUAGUAAAACCUAAUUCAACUGUGAUGGAGGUGGAAGCACCAGCUAAGGAAACUUUAGACAUCAAAUCUUUCAGGCAGAGGGCUGAGGCACUUGAGGGUCUCUUAGAGCUCUCUGCAGAGUUACUUGAGCAAAAUAGGCUAGAAGAGCUUGCAGUUGUUUUGAAACCUUUUGGAAAGGAUAAGGUCUCCCCAAGGGAGACAGCUAUCUGGUUAGCGAAGAGUCUGAAGGGAAUGAUGAGCGAGGACAGUGGACGGAGUUGCUGAGGUAUUGCAUUUGUGGUAAGCUUGCUCUGGUUUCAGGUUUAUUGACAUCUCUCUGGUGAUUAGAUAUUUUUUUUCAUGCUUUCUGCAUGCCCAAUUUCAAUUUAAAUUUUUCAACAGAAUGAUUAGGCAUCAUCUUUUUGCCUCAUUCUUAAUUCUUUCAACGAGUUUCAUUUCUGUACAUAGCGACCAUACGAAUAAUUUUAUGUCCAGCUAAAUUAUGGAUAUGUUGCAGUGUGGUAAGUGCAAGUGGUUAUCCAACUACUAAGAACAUGUACUUGUAACCAUCGUCGGAUAAUGUUAAGAUAUUGAUUCAUAAGGUCUUACUCUGUAAGGAAAGACGUUCUUCUUGUAAAUUUAGAAUUCACUCGUGUUACAAUGAGCAUAGUGGAAAUAUAUGCUCGAACACAUAUUUUGUGGUGAAUUUUGAUGCAGUUUGUUGGA